UGAUGCAGGAGCUGAACAAAUAUAAAUGAUAAAAGGCUACAGAUGAAAGGGGAAAGUAUCUUCAAUCUUGAACCUAGGGGAAAUGGUUGUUGCUUGCUAGCGUUCACAAGCACCGCGUUAGCAACAAAAUAGCCUAAACGUUUCCUUGAAAAUGUCUAAAAUGCAGCUGUUGCAGGAUUAUCUAAACGAGCGGUUAACAGCGGUGGCUGUUGAGAUAUUUGGGGCCGUGGAAAAUACCAUAGCAGACUACCAGGAAGAAAUCUCCCGUUCAAAUGAGGAGAUUGAACGUCUACGGAGGCUGCUGGAUUUGGUUUUCCAACCCGACAUAAAGCUACAGAAAGCAGACCCCCCGCAGCUCACGCUCCUUGUCCCUGAAGAGGAGGUUCUUGCUGAGAAGCAGCACUGCGAGCAGGAGUGGAGCCCCAGUCUGGACCAGGAGGACCCAGAGCCCACUCAGAUUAAAGAGGAACAGGAGGAGUUUGGGACCAGUCAGGAGGAAGAGCAGCUUCAGGGGCUGGAGUCUGAUAUCAAAGAGGUCAUAUUCUCUCCUCCAUUUUCUCCCCAGCCCUCACAUCAUCCCCAAACCCAAACUGUGGAGAACAGAGAGAGGGACGCUCUACCCACCAAAACAACUGAAGAGAUCAAAACGGAACCGGAUGGAGAGGGCUAUGGAGGAUCUGAACCAAACAAUGAAUUACAGCCCCUCUCUCCAGUAAAUUCCGACUGUUCUGCAGCUCAUAUUGGGAACAGUGAAAGGGACAGUAUAGGGCUAAUGUCAGGGUUACAGCCACUCAAAUCAAAGACAACAUGGACAAAUAAAGUACAAAGCUCUAUUAAGACCAGGGAAGCCAGUGAGUUGAAAGUUCCAUUGAGGGCGGCUCACUCAGGGGAGAGACCACACAGGUGUCCCGUCUGCAGGAAAUGCUUUCUGAAAAGUAGCAUUUUAAAAACUCAUCAGAGAAUUCACACUGGGGAGAAACCAUAUUGCUGCAAUGUUUGUGGCAAAUGCUUCAGCCGGAUGGGACACCUGACUGAGCAUAUGAGAACUCACACGGGGGAGAAACCAUAUCAGUGCAAAGAAUGUAGCAAAUGCUUCAGCCGGAUGAGAAACCUGACCGUUCAUAUGAGGACUCACACAGAUGAGAGACCAUAUAAGUGCCCCAUGUGUGUAGAAUGCUUCAGAUCAGCAAGUCAUCUAAAAUGGCACCAGCGAAGACAUCACACAGGAGAGAAACCACGUUGCUGACUUUGUGGUAAAUGCUUCACUUGUAAGAACUGAGGAGGAGAAUGAACCCAGAGGGAUAAACAUGACAGUGCUGCUGGGGCAAAAUUGUACUGUCACUUGUAGGAGGACCUUUCCAUUGUAAAACACUGAUGUUUCAUAACCCUUCUGAGCAUGGCACAAAUGUAUGUACUGUAAUAAGUUUUUCAGAACCUAGUAGUUAUUUGGCAAUUCUAGCAUUAUUUGCACGCAAAAUCACAAUUUAUAUGUCUCACAGAAUGGACAAACAAAAUGUAAAUUAAACUUUUGAUGUGCGUGUCUAUAGUACCCCUUGGGGGAGUGUUUACCCCCUAAAAGUCGACUUGUAAAUAUUGACAUGUUGGGCAAAUAAGAAGUGUUCUGGAUGUUACACACCCUCUGUUCUGGAUGUUACACACCCUCUGUUCUGGAUGUUACAGGAAAUUGAACAUAUUAGCAAAAGUCUGAGUGAGGUCAAAACAUGGAUUGCCAUUUCGAUCACAAAAAAAAAGUAUAAUUUUCAAAAGAUUGUAACAACUUAUGGAUCUUACAGAAUCUGAAAGUUUUAUUGAUCAAAAUCAAAAAAUACAUAUUUUUUGGAAUGUUUUUCAAAUGUCAGCAGAAGGCAUAGUAUCUCAGGAUUACAUAAUUGCAGUUAGCCUAAAUACCACACCCUAAUAGUAUAUGUUUUGUCUUUAAAUACACUAUAUAUACAAAAGUAUGUGGACACCCUUUUAAAUGAGUGGAUUGGGCUAUGUCAACCACACCUGUUGCUGGUGUACAUUUUUUUAGAUGUUAUUGCAGGUAUAGUGAAAUGCUUGUGUUCAUAGCUCCAACAGUGCAGUGAUAUCUAACAAUUCAUACAAAUCUAAAAAUUAAACGAAUGGAAUGAAGAAAUAUUAGGACGAGCAAUGUCGGAGUCCGGAGUAUACAUAUACACUGAGUAUACAAAACAUUAAGAACACUUGCUCUUUCCAUGACUGACUAAUCUGGUGAAAGCUAUGAUCCCUUAAAUGACGUCACUUGCUAAAUCCACUUCAAUCAGUGUAGAUGAAGGGGUGGAGACGGGUGAAAGAAGGAUUUCUAAAUCUUGAGACAAUUGAGACUUGGAAUUAUGUAUGAGUGCAAUUCAGAAGGUGAAUGGGCAACACAGAAGAUUUAAGUGCCUUUGAACAGGGUAUAUUAGUAGGUGCCAGGCGCACCAGUUUGUGUCAAAAACUGCAAUGGUUUUUCAUGCUAAACAGUUUCUGGUGUGUAUCAAGAAUGAACCAAUACCCAAAGGACAUCCAGCCAACUCGACACAACUGUGGGAAGCAUUGAAGUCAACAUUGGGCAGUAUCCUUGUGGAACACUUGACACCUUGUAGAGUCCAUGCCCCGAUGACUUGAGACUGUUCUGAGGGCAAAGGGGGGGUGGAACUUAAUAUUAGGAAGGUGUUCCUAAUGUUUGAUUGUGUGUGUGUACACACAACAUUUUUUAGUUUUUUUUUUCAAAAACAAGGACAUUUCUAAGUGACCCCAAACUUUUGAAUGGUUGUGUGUGUGUGUGUGUGUACUUAGAAAUGUCCUUGUUUUUGAAAAAAACGAAAAAAUGUUGUCCAUUAAAAUAACAUCAAAUGGAUCAGAAAUACAGUGUAGACAUUGUUCAUGUUGUAAAUAACAUUUGUAGCUGGAAACGUCAGAUUUUUUUAAAUGGAAUAUCUACAUAGGCGUACAAAGGCCCAUUAUGAGCAACAGUGAAGAGGCGACUCUGGGAGGCUGGCCUUCUAGGCAGAGUUCCUCUGUCCAGUGUCUGUAUUCUUUUGCCCAUCUUAAUCUAUUAUUUUUAUUGACCAGUCUGAUAUAUGGCUUUUUCUUUGCAACUCUGCCUAGAAGGCCAGCAUCCCGGAGUCGCCUCUUCACUGUUGACGUUGAGACUGAUGUUUUGCGGGUGCUAUUUAAUGAAGCUGCCAGUUGAGGACUGUUUCUCAAACUAACAUAAUUGCAAAAGGGUUUAAAAAAGCACAAAGCAGAUAAGGCUUAAUAAUUCAUAAAGGUCAUGUUAACUGACUGAUAAUAUGGCAUAUAAUAAAAUACAUAAGAUCUCCUAAGCCUGUGUUUACCAUCGACCUUGCUAACAUAAUUGCAAAAGGGUUUUCUAAUGAUCAAUUAGCCUUUUAAAAUGAUAAACUUGGAUUAGCUAACACAACGUGCCAUUGUAACACAGGAGUGAUAGUUGCAAUAAUGGGCCUUGUAGAUAUUAAAAAUCAGCUGUUUCCAGCUACAAAUGUAAUUUACAACAUUAACAAUGUCUACACUGUAUUCUGAUCAAUUUGAUGUUAUUUUAAUGGACAAAAAAUGUGCUUUCUUUCAAAACAAGGACAUUUCUAAAUGACCCCAAACUUUUGAACGUAGUGUAUAUCCUGAAAAAUCUAUAUAAAUGCAACAUGUAAAUUGUUGAUCCCAUGUUUCAUGAGCUGAAAUAAAAUAUCCCAGAAAUGUUC